AUGACAGCUGGGUUGGUAGUUCACAACGUUCCCCUAGCCUUUGCGGACCACCUGGGGCCUCUCCUAAAAGAAUGUUUCGGAGAUUCGAAGACAGCGCAGGAGUACAGGUGUGCCAGGACUAAGUCAUCCUGCAUUACCAAUGAAGCACUCGCACCAUAUUUCACACAGGAGCUUGUGAAGGAGAUGAAAAAAGCCCCGUAUACCCUUGUUACGGAUGGGUCGAAUGACACUGGAGUGGAAAAGAUGAACCCGCUUACUGUCCGGGUCUUCAUGGGCAGCAAAGUUGUCCACCAGUUCUUAAAUAUGUGCACAACAAGUGGGAGGAGAUGUGGGCCAGCAAGUGAGAUCUUCACCAAAAUUAACUCCACCAUAGAGGAGCAUGGCAUCCCUUGGGAGAACUGCAUUGGUCUCUCAGUUUACAAUGCAGCUGUGAACAUUGGACCACGUAAUUCCAUUGCCUCUAGGGUGCUCCAGAAGCAUCCCAACACCUAUAUUCAUGGUUGUCCUUGUCAUGUGGCACAUAACACCGCCAAAGCUGCAGGAGUGGGAUUUUUUAAAGUGUCCGGUUUUGAUUUGGAGGAUAUGGUAGUGGACAUCGGUUACUGGUUCAAGGGUAGCACAAAUCGGAAAGGAUACCUGUCAGAGUUUUGUGAGCUCCAUGAAGCGGAGUACAUGGAGGUCCUCCUGCGUAUCUCGGAUCCUGAGGCUGUAUGA